AUGGUCCAACCACAAGAACCAGAAUUUGAGCAAGCCUACAACGAACUUUUGUCCACUAUCCAGGACUCAACUUUGUUCGAGAAGAAGCCUGAGUACAAGAAGGUUAUCGACGUCGUCUCCAUUCCAGAGAGAGUUGUACAAUUCCGUGUCGUUUGGGAGAAUGACAAGGGUGAACUUGAGGUUAACAGAGGUUACAGAGUCCAAUUCAAUUCCGCUCUGGGUCCAUACAAGGGUGGUCUGAGAUUCCAUCCAACCGUUAACCUGUCCAUCCUCAAGUUCUUGGGUUACGAGCAGAUUUUCAAGAAUGCCUUGACUGGUCUGAACAUCGGUGGUGGUAAGGGUGGUGCCGACUUCAAUCCUAAGGGAAGAUCCGACAAUGAAAUCCGUCGUUUUUGUUACGCUUUCAUGUCUGAGUUGUCCAGACACAUUGGCCAAUUCACUGAUGUCCCAGCUGGAGACAUUGGUGUUGGUGGUCGUGAAGUUGGUUUCCUCUUUGGUGCCUACAAGAAGAUCAAGAACUCUUGGGAGGGUGUUUUGACUGGAAAAGGUUUGACUUGGGGUGGUUCUUUGAUCAGACCAGAGGCCACCGGUUACGGUCUGGUCUACUACGUCGAGAAGAUGAUUGAGCACGCUACUCAAGGUAAGGAAUCUUUCAAGGGUAAGAAGGUCGCCAUUUCCGGAUCUGGUAACGUUGCUCAAUACGCUGCUUUGAAGGUUAUUGAGUUGGGCGGUAUCGUUGUAUCCCUCUCCGACUCCAAGGGUUCUAUCAUUGCUCCAAAUGGUAUUACCACCCAGCAAAUCAGUGCUAUUGCUGAGGCCAAGCUUAAGUUCAAGUCUUUGGAGGAGAUUACCGGAUCUUACUCUGCUUUCUCCGACUCUCCAGUCAAGUACAUCCCAGGUGCCCGCCCAUGGGUCCACGUUGGAGACAUUGACGUUGCCCUGCCAUCCGCUACCCAGAACGAGAUUUCUGGUGAGGAGGCUAAGGCUCUGGUUGCAGCUGGCUGUAAGUACGUUGCCGAAGGUUCCAACAUGGGUUCUACUUUGGAGGCUAUUGAUGUUUUCGAGGGCGAACGUGCUUCUUCCUCCGGUACUGCUGUCUGGUACGCUCCAGGUAAGGCUGCUAACUGUGGUGGUGUUGCUGUUUCCGGUUUAGAGAUGGGUCAAAACUCUCAAAGAGUCCAAUGGACCGAGGAGGAGGUCGACCAAAAGUUGAAGGACAUUAUGAUCAACUGUUUCGACAACUGUUUGAACACUGCCAUUGCCUACUCUUCUGAGACUAACAAAGACUCUCUACCAUCUUUGGUCAAGGGUGCCAACAUUGCUGGUUUCGUCAAGGUUGCCGAUGCUAUGUACGCCCAAGGUGAUGUGUUUUAG